GGUUUGCCCGCCUGUUGUGAAGUUGAGAGCUCUCUGGUGUCUGCUCUUCCCUCUGACUCUACCACGAUGGCCCUCAACGCAGGACUCUAUUGCGCGGUAUUGGUGCUACUGCUGGCGAGCGUCACCUACUCACACGAGUACCUGGACGAGGACGAGGAGGAUGGCCGCCUCCUCGUGAUUUCCACCACAGGCGACAAUGCCUUCCCGUCCUUCCCCACCAUCUCCAUAGGUGCCCUCACCGACGCAAACGUUACAUUGGGUCUGGGCGCCGCCCUUCUAGCCGGCCUUACCAUCGCUGGCCUCACUGCCGCCACCAUCACCCUCGCUAUCCUCCUCGGGAUCGAAGUGAAGAAGGACAAAAAUACGACGACUAUGACUACGGGUUCUCCGGCAGCUCCUCAUCCUACUCCAGCGGCCCGUCCUCCUACGACGUGAGCUCCUACUCCAUCAAGAGGUCCUUGGAGGAAGCCGCCAAGAAGUAUCUGUAAACAAGGCAGCCCAGCGUCGCCUCUUGACUGGUUCUCCUCAUCCUCUUCCUCCUCCUCCUCCUCUUCUCCCUCUCCUCCUCACAUUGUAGGGUGCCGCUGAGUCACGCUAUGGCUCGAGCAAUCCUAUUCAGUCUCCUUACCAAUUCCUUCUCUUCUCUCUUCCACCUGUCUCAGCUGCCCCCACACGCCUCCCCCUCCCUUUGGUGGCCCCCUCUCUCUCACUGCCCUGGAGAGUGACAAUGACAAAUAAGAAAAGACACAGGCGACGACCUGACCUUAAAACGCUGAGCCACCGACGACCCGAGACUCACACAACUUCACUCGCGACCCAUCCACGCACGACCCUCGCCCAGCCCUCGUGACUCGCCCUUUCCAUUAACUCCCUCCUCGAGUUGGGUUUAGCGCACGUAUCGACUCUAGUCACAGUUGUGUUUUCUCACGGUGCGUUUCUGGACCCCGUGAGACACCAAAGACGUAAUGUAUAAAUAAGCCCCUCGGGGUAGACGUUCCACUGAUGUAGACAUAGACAUAGACAUAGAUAUUAUUAUUAUUUUUUUUUUACAUUCGUAACUGCUAUCCAUGACUUAGUGAUACGGAACACCUUCAUUCUUAACCUGAACACCACAGCCUCAUAGUAACUUCUGAUAAACACCACUCAUACCACCACCUCUUUCGCCUUGCCUUGCCUUACCUUUCCUCCGCGCAAUAUAUAAUAAUCCGACUCACUAUACUAUACAGCAUCUACUUAUAUUCCCUUAUGAUAAACACAGUCCUUUAGAUAUCCUUUGACCAUCUCCCUCUCCCCUCAUCAUCACUAAAGACGCACAUUUGACACAGACAACGUAGACUUACCCUACACAUUAUGACGACGACGACAAUGACGAUAACGACAAAUGGUCACGAUCAUAGACGAAGCAGAACGACACUGAAUUCUCAAGACGCCGCUACUCCAGACAAGACCGCAUUUACCGUACACAUCACGCCCUUCACGGCUCAACGACGCCCCUCUCUGGACGCCACCCCGCCAUGGAACACUUAUGACAGACGCCUACACGUGACAGGCAAGACGCAGGACCAGACAAUGACCUGACCACGACCCACCCUGACCGCGGACAGUGCCAUAACCUUACUUCUCAUCCUUUCCUUCCCCCAAUACCUUCCUUAACAAAUUUGUAUAUUCCCUUUCCCCUCUUUCAUGUUCGUUCCCUCUGCUGGCUCUCCCCCUUGUCCUUCCUUUAACCCUCUCCGUUCUUUCUCAUCUCCCUCAUCCUGUCCUGCUGAGCCCCUCCCUGCUGGCGGGUUCUCGGUGUUCAGCAGGCCUCCAAGCUGACAUGUUUGUAUAUUACACGUAAAUAUUUCAAACUGUUAUAACAAUUGUUGGUUCAAGUACUGGGUAUCCUAACUGGUUCUAACUGCGCCUCACUCUCGUCCUCCGCUGUGUUAUUGUCAGUUUAAUAAUUGUUUAAUUGUUAUUUAUUGAUUAUUUAUAUUCCUGUAAAUACAGUAACACGCAAG